CAAUUUAUAGAGUCGAAUUUGUACAAAGUAUUUCAUAUGUUUAUUUACAUGUGUAUUUAAUUAUUAAAAUCUCUUUAUCAAUCGAUGCUAUAAUUAUUUCGAAUUUUUCCCUGGUUUUGGUAUUUAACAACUGAAAUGAAUUUAACAAUUAGUCGUAGAUUAUUAUGCACCAAAAUGAACAAUAUUUGUAUGAUUGGAGGUUAUUUGAGUCGCAAUUUUGCAACCAUUGAUGAUUAUAAUAUUAAAUGGACUCGGCCAGAGAGAAGUACUUUUACAGAUCCUAAAUUUAGUGGAGAUCUAGGAUUAGAUGUAAAUGUAAAACCCACUGAUAUCAAACUCUAUUACGAGAAAUCAAAAGAAUUAGAAGAUGCAGAUGAUGUUGUAAAAAGGAUGUUUAGUUUGAAAUUUCAACGAAACAAAGAAACUAAAAGGCUAAAGAGUGAGAAAAUAAUGCACCUUGUGAAAAGACACGUCUGUGAUCGAGGUUCUAUGGAAGUUAGCAUUGCAGCAAUGACUAGCGAGAUACACGAUCUUCAAAAGUAUUACUUGGAACAACCGAGCAACAAGCGAGCUAAAGUAUUUCUAAAAGAACUUAUUGAGAAAAGGAAAAAAUCCCUUAAAUUUCUACGUAGUUUGGAUUACGGGCGAUUCGAGUGGGUUCUUGAACAACUGAAUCUUGAAUAUAAACUAUUACCAGAGAAACCUAAUAUGAUAUCAAGAAAAGAAUCGUUAAGAAUGUUGACAGAAGAGUAUUGUAAUAAUAUAAUUCAAGAAAAAAUUGAUGCGUAUAAGGUUAAAUUGAAAGAGAAACAGAAGAAAUUCUACUUGGAAAAAGCUGAAAAAUUAGCAUUAAUUAUGAAGGAAGAAAAAGAAUGUGGUUUAACGCCAACAGUAACAGAAGAAGAAAUUGAAGAUGCUCGGCAAAAAGCAGAACUAUUAAAUAAAUCUGAGCAAAGAGAUUCAUCGAGUGAUAUAAACGAAUAAAUUUCUUCAAAGUUGACAUUUUUAGAUUCUUUUCCGUCAUUUUGUUUCACAGGGUAGUUUGUAAUGAACGUCAUUUGUUACAUACAUUUAAUGGUAACAAAA